AGACACGUGACCUGUGUACAAGCUGGAUUUCCGGAUAUUGCACGCUAAUCCUCAGAGCGUGCAUUUACGUGAGGGGCGGCUUUCUGACUCGGGCCAUUUGGCACUUCUGAGAAAGCCUCCUUCAGGAGGUUCUCUGUGAUAUGAGGGAGUCGGGAAGCAGGAGUCGGAAGGUUUUGAAUCCGCUAAAGCUGAGGACUGUGUUUGGGUUUGUUUUCACAGCUCAGAGCCCCUGCUGAGUUCCCUCCUGCGUCGCAUGCCCGACCUGGAGACCCUGGAGAUCCUGAAGUUGGUGAACUGCCCCGAGACCUUCACCCCGGACAUGAGGUGCAUCAUGGGCGAGUCUCCUUCGGUGCGGGGCUACUUCGUCCUGGCGGGAAUGAACUCUGCCGGCCUUUCGUUCGGUGGAGGGGCUGGGAGGUUCUCAGCGGAGGGUAGAGACUCAGAUGCCGGCACAUGUGUCCAUCAGGCGGAGGAUGAACCGAGCCAGAAAGCAAGCUUCAAAGAGAAGAGCGCAGAGGCCCUCCCUCAAGAGAGCACAAGAUCAAGACAGCACAAGAGGUGACAGUGGAUCCUUUCAGAGAAAAGACCGCGUGUCUGAACACAAAGUCCCGCUCACCGUUCACAGCAGUCCGGAUCCCUGGGAUCUCCAGGGAGAGGCGAGUGGUCAUCCGCGGUAACGCACGGGGCCUGACCGCCGCGGGACGGACGUUCUGUCAGGUAUGCGGGGAGGCAGGGAAGGGUCAUCCCCCUCACAGUUACGAGCAAAGAGGGAAACUACCGAAUUGAGACUGACGAAGUCGGACUUAACCAAGAGAUUUCAAGGGCGAGUGUUCAAGUGUCAGAAGCGAAGUGUGUGUGUCAGGGUCCUCAACAAACAGCGAUGCCCCGGAACAUUAACAUCUUGCCAAUUAUAGCUAAGAUAUAAGUAACUAAUAAAGCUAGAAUGUCUUUUA